UGUAGAAAAUUCAGAAUCAAUGGACUCGAGCUUCUACAAUGAAAGCAACAAACUAAACGUCCUAAAGAGUAGCAACAUUCCGAAAUUGACGACAACUCCAGUAAGAAGCCGUGGCAACUACUAUUCAUCACCGGAGAACCUCAUAAAGUACCUACGCUCAAACUCUGUGUCCAGUAGUGGCGGCAACAGCGGCUCCUCCGGGAAAAGCUGCUUCAGAUCGUCGGUUUCGCCACAGUCGGAGAAGACGCCACUGAAGGUUGUGGAUGAAGAUGUGUUUGUAAUGGACGGAGUUCUUGUUGCUUCUGAUACUAAUAUCAUAGGUUCCGGUUCGUCGUCGGGAAGUUUUGGUUUCUAUAAAUCAGAAAUUUGCAGGGCUUGGGAUGAGUUUGGCCAUUGCCGAUAUGGAUCCAAGUGUCAGUUUGCACAUGGAAAGGAAGACGUACGCCCCACUUGCUUCCCAUUCAGGACCAAAUCUGAGGCACAGGUGUACAAGUCAUGUGCUAGCGCCAUGCCAAACACAUUCAGCUUGAAACCUCGCCUUUUGCAUCCACUCACAGAAACAACUGCCAUUAUAACCCAAAAGGACUCAUCCACCAGACCUGAAGAGACAAAACCUGAAGCCAACCGCUCCAAUACCAAUGCCACAAUGAAACAUAAAACCAACAAUAUUAGCCCCACCUCCACCAUUGGACCCGAUACAAUUAUCACCACCACUUUCACCAUUGGAGCCAACUGGUCACCUCAAGAUGAUGGGAUUGACGUUACCCUGUUUCCUGGCAAAACCCCAUCAAGGGAAAACAUCGAUGCAUACAUUGACGGUGUUCUCUACGGUGGUCCUACUACAAAGAAGAGACUGCCGGUGUUUUCUGCAAUUUGUCCGGAGUAA